AUGGAUUUCAAGAAAGAUGUGCCUGACUUCCAUAUGAAACUUACUAGAUCAUCCGAAGCAAUGCUGCGAUCGCCUUCCAUGGUCCAUGCAUAUAACUUCUUCGCGGAACGACAUUCACUCUCGUAUUUCGUUCCUCUAACUUCAGUAGCUAUGGAGAAGACCGCGCUUUACAGCAGAACUAUUGACAACAAUCCAUGCUGUUUUCUGAAACAUCAUCGAAGUUAUGCGCUGAAAAUUGGAUUGAAGGUGAUCAUAUCGGGAGACAUUACAGCUAUGAUUUCACUACUUACUGAAUGA